GGAACGAUCCCGGCAUGCUUUUCUCUUCCUGGUUACGGGCUGGCGCUUGUAUAACUAGUGUUGGCUGUAUUAGGCUGUAAUAGUGAAACGUCUUGGUGUGUUUGCAGGGACUGCGAUUUCCGUCUGGUAAAGGGGACUUCUGUGACGCUAUUUUAACCUACAUACCAGACGCAGAACAGGGAAGGUGACGCGUGCAGGUAUUCCAGGCUAGCUUGGUUCACGGAUUCACUAGAGCUGUCAGGAUCAAGAUCUUAGCAGAAGCUUAUAAGAAGCCCACCUUCAAGUUGUUGGUAUCAGAGUAGCAGCUUCACAUGGGAAUCUGCAAGAUGGAUGAAUUCAAAAGAUUGUAUGUGUGUAUGUGUCAAGAGAGGGGUUCCGAGCCUCAAGAAUCUGUGCUCGGGCAGUUAAAGGAAAUUAACAAAUCGGCAAAAAGAGGGCACCUUGACCUCUCUACAAAGAGCAUAUCCCAGGAUUCAUGCCAGGUCCUUGGGAUCCUCCUGCAGAAUGAUGUAACAUUCACUCAGGUGCUCCUCAGUGACUGCAUGAUCAGUGAGGAUGGUUUGAAAGCCCUUCUUCAGGGCUUGCACUCCAAUUCAGUAAUAAAGCACUUGGACCUAAAGGGUAACAACCUGCGAGCUGAGGGAAGCGAGGCUUUGGGAAAGUUUCUGAGACACACAGCUUCUCUGACAAGUCUUACUUUAGAAUGGAAUAAUUUGGGGACUUGGGAGAAUGGAUUUUCUUUCUUCAGUGAUGGACUUGCCUCAAACCAAACUUUGAAGAAACUUGAUCUCCGAAACAACCAGAUAAACCACAAAGGGGCAGAAGAGCUGUCUAUGGCAUUAAAGCACAAUUCUACAUUACAAGAGUUAGACCUUCGCUGGAAUAACAUUGGUUUACUUGGAGGGAGGGCUAUACAAAGCUGCUUUGAAAGCAACAAAACACUUGUAAAGUUGGAGUUAUCUGGGAACAACAUCUCAAGUGAUGUUCUGAAGGCCAUCGAGUUGAGCAUCAAACAUAAUCAGGAAAGGCAGUUUUUAAAGAAAGGAAAUAUAAGCCAAAGACAGAUGCUCACCAAGGAGGUCCAAAAUCUGAAGCAGGAGAAGAGCAGACAGUUUAUUAAUAUGAUGGAAACCAUAGAUAAGCAGAGGGAAGAAAUGAAUUCCAUCAACAGAUCAGCAGCUUUGCAAGCCGGGAGACUGCAGGAGGCCCUAGAUGAGAGGAAGUCUGUUGUGAAUUCAUCAACUGCCAAGUUGCAACUGAUGGAUGCUGCCCUGGCUUUGUCACACCAGAAGGAACAGGACCUUGGGGAGCUCCUGAGAUCACUAAAACAGGAAGAUUCUAGUAUGAGGGAAAAACAUGCUAAGGAACUAAUAAAGGCAAAAGAGCAAUUCGGAGAGCAUGAAGCCAAAUGCAGAAGGGAUUUAGCAGCUGCAAAUGAGAAAAUUCUUCAUUAUAGGAGCAAGGUUGAUGAGCUGGAACGAAAAUGCAAAAUGCAGCAGGACCUUGUUUUUGAGCUGAAGCAGGAACUGACAAACACAUACUCAGAAUUGAAGCUGCGAGCUGUGCAGGCAGAAGAAAGUUUUGAAGCAGAGAAGAAAAGAUACAGACAGUACAGAGAUGAUUCCACCAUUCUGCAUCAGAAAGAGGUUGAUAAUAUGGCACGGCAUUUGGAAGAUACUGAGAGAGUUGCACAGGAGAGCGUUCAACGUCUGGAGGCUACAAAGCUGGGCUUGGAGGAGGAACUGAGCAGAUUGAAAAUAAUGUUAGCCAACCAGUAUGCUCAGGCAGAAGAAGAGGUACAAAAAGUCCGUAGUUUUGCACAGCUCAAAGAGCAGCAGAAUUGUGCUGUUCUUCAGGACAAGCUACGCACACUCACUCAGUCAAGGGACCAAGCACAGAAUCAAAUUUUGCAACAGAACCAAGUGAUAGCAGAGCUGCAGACUAAGAACAACCAACUCAGCUUGGAAAUUGAAGUCAUAAAGAGAAGGAUUGAUGGGCUACAACAGGAACUGGGCACGAAAGAAGAGGAGAAGGUGUCUGCAUUAACAAAGGCACGUGUAGAAUUCCAUGAACAGAUUGGACACCUUGAGGCCCAACUUUCAACACAAGAAGGACUUAGAGAAAAAAUCAGCACACUGGAAAGACAGCAGAAAGUACAAUCAUAUCAACACAGAGAAAUACUGUUGGACAAGGAAUCUGAGAUCUCCAUUCUGAUGGAAAAGCUUAGGCUUAAGGAUGCAGAGAUUCUGAGGAUACGAGAAGAGGAAGCACAUAGAGCAUGCUUACUACAGAAUGCCAUCCACUCCUACAUCAGCAGCUCCCCGCUGGGCAGUACAACAGACAAGAAGUGAAUGGCUUGCUUAAAAGGAAAGACUAUGCAAAUUACAGAAUUUACAUCACACAAAAUGUAUAUAUCUUUGAAAGGGUUAAAUUUAAUAUUUACACUAUUAAAAUUAAGGACCAGUAACCAAAUAUUAAUUUACUUUUAAUGCAAUGUUCACAGCAACUGUAAUUUUGCACUGAAAAAAAAAAUAGAGAAUACUGUCAUUUUAUGUGUCUAAAUAUUUGUGUGUGAGUUACAAGCAAAUAGAUACAAAAGCCUUAUUAGUGCCUUAAUGGUAGCCUUUACCUAACCUUUAAAGGAGCAGUAUACUCUUAUUUACAUGAAUAGGUACUUACUUUUUACCUGUAGUUGUAAUUAAGAAUAUCAAUGGUUUGUGUUAUUUCUUGCACUAAACAAGAAAUUUAAAUCAGUCUGCAGUUAAGCAAUUUUGGAUUUGAAUGAAUCCUUAAUACAUGGCCUGACCAGGUAUCCUCUCCUCCCCAUCGAGCUACAGACAAAAUAAAGAGAGAGCGUACUAUUGUUCUGAUCGUUAUGUAAACACACCAUGAACUAGCUGACAUUGUGAGUUGGAAGAUUACAUUUUCUAACCCACAUGACUCCGAAACCAACUGAUAUCCAUAAUGCAUAAAUAUCGGUCGAGCUUGGUGGGGCACUAUACAUGUACUAGUCGUUUUGAAAGAUAUUAUUGAUACAUAUAUGGCCAAUUUAAAAGAAUCUGGAACCUUAACGUUGUUUUUCGUUAUUGCACUAGAAAACUGAAUGCAACACAUUUGGUUAAAGUUUUUGAAAUUGUAAUAUGCAAAUUAGGGUUUGUAUUGUUUUUCACUAAUAGGGAUUUAUACAAGUUAGGAUAAAGUGCAAGCUACUGUUAUUUCAUUACAGUAUAGAGGUAAUGUAAUUUAAAGAAAAAUGAAUUAUUUUCCUAAAAUUAUGGGAGGGCGGUUUCCCUGUAGGGGAUCCAUUCUUGUACUGUCUCUUUGAGGCUUAAACGGUAAUAUGAAACAGAAGUUCUUGUUGGAGAUGACAAAGCCAAUAGUAAAUAAGAAUAUACAUGAUUUAUUUUUUCUAUAUAUUACGCUUUCUCAAAUAUGAAAGCAGAGUUUGUGUGGUCACACCAUUGUGAUAUAUUUGAUGUGUAUUUAAAAUAAUGCGUUUAAUUAAACGUAAUCAUUUUAUCUUUUCAUAUGUUUAGCGAUGCACACUUUAGUGUAACAUAGUAACUUACUGUAUGUUGAAAAAAGACAUCAAUAGAGUUCAACCUUUUGGGCUGAAAUCCACGGGUGUUUAUUGUCGGAUCAGCGCGUAACGAUGAAACGUAGACAAUUGAACUCAACGAAAAGACGCAGGUAAAAACUACAGGUUCUUAUGCUUCUUUCUGUACUUAUGUUUGUUUAUUGAAAAUGUUAAUAAAAAUAAACUUUAAAAAAAAAAACUACACAGUUAGACUGUCGGAUGAAGACGCUGCUUUCUGCGUUCACAUCCGACGGUCCUGCCUAAAGCUAGCCAUAGAUGUAAAGAUCCGAUCUUUCAAAUCCUUGAACGAUCGGACUUCCCCAUCUCCCGACCUGCCACUAACCUUUCAGAUCAAGUAAAGGAGCAAAAGAACAGAUCAGCCGAUGUUCUGCCCCUACAGCAAUCGUACAAAAGUUAUUUCCUACAAAAGCUGGAGACAGUCUCCCACUGAAGAUCGUCAAUACUUGUCCGAUUGACUGAACGACCGAUCGGCAUGGCACGACAGAUGUUGGGACACUCCCCACACGGUCCGAAAAUCGAGGAUUUGUAUGAUCAGAUCUUUGUGUCUAUGACCAUCUUAACUGCUAGUUAAUCCAGAGUUGAAACAGUGUUCACUAGCACUGGUAACUCAAUUAGCACUGAGCUAUCUAUCCUGCUGAGUUUAACUGUUCCCUUUCACACAAGCUUUUCAGUACGUGUGCCCAUGCUGUGGCUUUUUGAUUCACAGUUAAUGCAGUCAAUCGUUUUCUAUUUAGGUUGUAGUAAAGGGGCGAAGCUGAACCUAGUUUAGAUGCUGUAUAUGUCUCACCUGUGUUGGACUGUCCAUUGCAGCCCUGUCAGUACAACAUACAUUCAAAAUAAAAAAUCUGAAUAAUUUCUGAAAAAUCAAA